AAAAUGAAACAGUAAAGAUCAGAUGCCAUGUAGAUACAGAUAUUUAAAACAGCACACUGGUUGAGAGUUGAGACGCUGACAGAAAUCAUCCAGGAUGCGGAUGCAACCAAAGAAAACGGCGAGUGGUGGGUGUUCACUUGUUUGCCCUUUAGCCCCAUCCGAAAAUAUCCAGCAUCUCAAAGAAGAAGAAAAAAAUCUAACUUUAUCCAGCGAAUCAAACGGAAAAGGCUGUAUAAAAGCCACCUGCCUCCCUCUCACAGCUCCUCCCUCCCAAGAACUCGGAAGUCGGAAGCAGGGCAAGGGAUGGAUAGCAAGUCGGUGGGAAUCGUCGGCGCAGGCGUGAGCGGCCUAGCAGCCUGCAAGCACGCCCUCGACAAGGGGUUCAGGCCGGUGGUGUUCGAGGCCGACGGAAGCGUUGGCGGAGUGUGGGCACACACCCUGGAGUCCACGAGGCUCCAGGCGCCGACGACGGCGUUCCGGUUCUCGGACCUGGCGUGGCCGCCGGAGAGCGCGAGGGAGGCGUACCCAGGCCACCGCAGGGUCAUGGAGUACAUAAGGUCGUACGCGCGUGCGUUCGACCUCCUCAAGCACAUCAGGUUCAACAGCCAGGUGCUGGGCGUCGAGUACCUCGGUGCGACCGAGGAAGAGGUCAUGGGCUGGGAUCAGUGGUCCGGCGAUGGGACGGCGUUCGGAGCCGUGAAGGGUGGCGGAUGGCGCCUCACCGUCCAGGACUUGAAAGUCGGUAGCACUGAGGUUUUUGUGGUGGAUUUUCUCAUCCUGUGUAUUGGAAGGCACAGUGGAACCCCAAACAUCCCAGAGUUCCCAGCGAAUGGGCCUGAGCUGUUCAAGGGGAAGAUACUGCACUCGCUGGACUACUCCUACAUGGACGACGGCGACGCUGCUGAGUUCGUGAGGGGGAAGCGCGUGACGGUGAUCGGCUCCGGUAAAUCGGCGUUCGACAUCGCCGCGGAGGUCGCCAAGGUGAACGGUGCCGCGCAGCCAUGCACCAUCGUGUACAGAACAAGGCACUGGCUGGUCCACAAGUCCAGCGUGUGGGGAGUCGACCUCAGCUACUUCUACCUGAACCGCAUCUCGCAGCUCCUGGUUCACAAACCUGGUGAAGGAUUCUUGCGCUGCAUGCUGGCCGCCGCACUCUCUCCCUUGAGAUGGGCGAUCUCUAAAGCGAUCGAAACGUACUACAAGUGGAGCGUUCCUCUGCGGAAGCACGGGAUGGUCCCGGACUACAGCUUCUCCUUCGCCAUGUCCUCGUGCCUGAUCGCGAUGCUGCCGGAAGGUUUCUACGACAGGGUCGACGAAGGCAGCAUCGUUCUCAGGAAAUCCAAGGCGGUCGGCUUCUCUAGCGACGGAGUCGUCCUGCGAGACAGAAACGAAAGCGUGAGAAGCGAUAUCGUGAUCCUGGCGACGGGGUUCAGAGGAGACCAGAAGCUUAGGGACAUCUUCACUGCGAACUGGUGCAGGGAGAUAGUGGCAGGGUCACCGGAUACAGCAGCUCCUCUGUACAGAGAAUGCAUCCAUCCCCGGAUUCCUCAGCUGGCUAUAGUGGGUUACUCCGAGAGCCUCACCAACAUAUACGCCUCGGAGAGGAUGAGCAACUGGGUAGCUCAAUUUCUGGCCGGCGGCUUCCAGUUGCCAAGCGUGAGAUGCAUGGAGGAGAGCGUGGCGGAGUGGGCAGAGUACAAGAACCGAUACAACGGGAGGUAUUUCCGCAGGUCCUGCGUAAGCACCGCUAACAUCUGGCUUAAUGAUCUGCUGUGCCGAGAUAUGGGGUGCAACCCUAGAAGGAAGAAAGGGUUCCUGGCCGAAUGGUUCCAGCCAUAUGGACCUGCGGACUAUGCAGGUCUUUGCUGAAGAUGGUUGCAUUGCAUGCCUGUCAGUGCAUACUCCUAGGAAGAGAUGACAGAGUUGCUACCUCCAUGGGUGUAAUACUGCAAUGUGAAACGUACAAGCAAAAUAUGUCUGAUGUUUGAACUGUAAGGUGUGAACCUAUGAGACCUGUCUAAACAAUUUUGCAACAAUCUACAGUUUUGAACU